AUGCAGCGACGACCUCUGGACCACACUGCAUCGGCGCCGCCCUCUCCCUUUGGAGCCUUUAGCAUGCUGCCCCCCGAGAUCAGAAACCUCAUCUACGCCGAAUGCGUGCGCCAGAGAAGCACCGGCCUCCUCCGCGCCAGCAAGCGACUCUACGCAGAAUCGCUUCCUCACUACCGCCGAAAAUUCGUCUUAUCCUUCCAUAUCGACCCGCAAGACGCCGAUCCCGGAAUCCCAAUUUUCAACAGAGACGGCUGCCCUUGGGGUGAUAGUGAGAACAGUGAUGCCAUCAAUACGAUCGACGUCAGCUCGGUCCAUCCUGAUACCGAGUUACUCGACACCAUGCCCAUCGACCAGUUCGGCCAGAUUCGCAUCGUGAUCGGCGCCCCUGAUAUCCGCGACCGAGGACAGUUCAUGCGUUGCUGGUACCGGGUCAAAAGGCUUUUGGCAGCUUUGCUCCCGCAGUGGAGAGAUCCCAACAAAUUGCCAGAGAGUCCCUGGGAAAUAGUGAUCCCAUGGGCUCGCCAGUCCACGGCACUGCCACCGAUCGUGGUCGAGUUUCGAGAAUGCGUGUGGAGCGAACGGGGCCGCUGGGGACAAUGGAAUCAAAACAUCCCCUUUUGCCAUGCCUUUGCAGAUGGCAUACUGCUUGCAACUCAGAAGGGCGGGGGGGCAGAGAAGGACAAAAACCACUACCGCUCGUCCAACAUAGCGCAUAUCCUACAACUCUUCUUCCGCGUUCGCAAUGCCGCGUCCCUUACAGUCAAACUCCCACCGUCCCUUCCGAAGAGCGAGAAUAAGCGGCUAUGGCACUUCAUCGAGAGACUCCAGGAGUACGCCGUCUCAGAGAUCCCCUUUGGCAUGGAUUUCCGAGGUUCUUUCCCCGUCCCGGGCGGCCGCGACGGGGCGAUUCUCUCCUGCGAGAAUGCCGACCACAUCUGGCUCGACUAUUGCCUAACCCGAGUCGAUAGCGAGGCCAGCAGCGGUCUCAAACUCGAGCGGAUGGAGAACUGGUGUCUCGAGUACGAGAGGGACCUAGCGCGAGCCAGUUUCGGCUACCUGGCCCACGACGAGCGCAGAGGCCAGCUAGUGCGCAUCGGUGUCGGUCGCCAUCUCAUCAAGUGGGCUAGCUUUGGUCAAGCACAUGAUGAGAACUUCCGCCAACAGUUUUGGAGCUGGGUGAGCCACUACACCGAGUAUAACAACGAAUAUAGCAUCCCCCCCUUGGGGUUGAAUGCUGAAGGCUUGGGGGAUUUCCACGCCUUUAUAAUUGUGAGGCACCAAUUGCUUGUGGAUCGUAUUCUCGGGUUUCCUAUAAUUGGGAAGUCUGUCGAUUCCCGGGGAUUCUGGGAGAGGGAUAAUCGUUGUCGGCGAUGUCUGCCCUAUCGCGGUCGACGUGUUUAG